CCGCGGCGAGCACCAGUGGUUCCCAAGUAUUCUCUGCUCUCUGCGCGGACACACGCCUUGGACAGAACCUCGUCGCGACUCGCCUAAGUCGCGAUACCUUGGCGCGCGCUCUCGCUCUCUCUCUCUCUCGGUUUUCCUUCAGCUUGGCUUUUGUUUGCCAACGCGCGGUUGUCUCACUUUACGAGGAUUGGGUUCGUUCUGCUCGCGCCCCUCCUUACGAAAACGGAUGCUGCGCGCAGGUAAACUCGAGCCUGCAAGAGAGAAGCUCCAAAACAAACAGAAGUCUAAUUGGCCUUCCCUCGGAGAGCCGUCUCUGGUCGAUGAACUUUUUAGAUAGCGUAUACACGCGCGAGGCAACGUCGUCGUCCAGCGUAACAGUGUCAUUGGGUGUAACGACGGCCGCGCGCUCGCGUGGCACACAUAUGCCCCAGAGUACGUUGGUAGCCCUUGAUGGUCGUUCACAUACAAUAGAGCAGACAGAUCAUUAUAAGACUAGAGCGAGCACGAGCGAUAAAGUCAGUCAAGCUGGGCGACAGGCGAGGAAAGCACAAACGCGUCAGGAUGGCGGACGAGGGGACGAUGCAAGAUGCCCAUGUUAACAAGGAAUACGAAGAGAUUACGGUCGUCAGCUCCAAAUCCGUCAUUCUCAAAGUCGUCGAAGUGGUGAUAUCGGUAUUCUGUAUAGGUCUGAUCGUCGACCCGUUCAACUCGUUCAACACACUUUUUAGGUAUGAACCGAGACCAAAGCUCGACGACAUAGUUUUUAUUUAUAUAACGCUCGGGGGUUUCAUCAUCGUCAACACCAUCUGCAUACUUGGCCAUCUGCUGGGAGAUCGAAUGCCGAAAAGAACGUCGCUGCUGUUCUCGGUGACAGGUUCGAUUCUGCACGUGAUCGCUGGAAUCCUGAUAAUCGUCAACCAUAGGAAGCUGAGUGGCAACUACGGCAUAUUCUACAACAAUAACCAGUACGCGAGUAAGCAAUACAUGGACAUGAUGAUCGCCAGCUGUUUCUUCACUUUCGUCAACGCGCUGCUAUUCGGCAUCGACGUGUUAUUCACGAUCAAGUACUACUAGGAAACGCCCUACUUCGAUCGGAGCAGCUCCAUCUUCUCCUUGUCUCGAUUCGCGACGUGCCAUCCAAGGCCAAUCUGAGUAGUGCACACCACGAAUUAUCAAUCUUCGAGAGUUGUUGGCCAAGCGGUCUUCGAUGUAAUAAUAGCCGAUUUACCUGUUUGUUAUAGAUAUUUAGCCACAUAGCCACGGCGUUAUAAUUGUUGCGUAAACAUCGAUUCCAAAUUUUUACAAACAUGUUUUUCCUCUUGUUUUGUUUUCCGACACGCCUCUUCACA